AGAGAUAGACACAGAGACAGAGCAGAGAGAGAGAGAGGAUCAUGGCUGACAUCCCUCAAUCAUUUUUGGGAUUGCUUGUGACCGUUUUGUACCUGCUAACAGGUGUCAGUGGAGAAACUCUCUCUAUGUUCUCCAGAGUGGGAGAUGAUGUCAGUCUGCCGUGUAACAAUGUGGUUUAUCCAAACUGCUCCUCUACUACAUGGAUCUAUAACAGAGAUAGAUCUUCUGGUGCUAUUGAAGCGGUCACAUUGGGGAAGAUCAAAGCUGACCAGACAGAGAGACUGAGUUUAGGGUCCUACUGUUCUCUACAUGUUAGUGAUGUCAGAGCUGAGGAUGUUGGACUCUACACCUGUCGACAGUUCCUUACAGAGACAGGACCACAACAUGGAGGUGAUGCUCCUGUUCAUCUGUCUGUUCUAACUAUCUCCUCUACCACAGCAGUGACAGAUCUGAAGCCUAAUGUAAAUAUGACAUUACACUGUUCUCUGCUCUACUAUAAGCAACUUGGAACGUACCAGUCAAGAUUUAGUCUCAGCUGGGUCCCUAAAACAGGUACUAAUGCCCAGGACACACAGGAUUCUUCCUGUGACAUCACUCUGACUGUGACACUCCAGAAGAAGGACAACAACAGGAAGUGGACGUGCACGCUGACUGAAAAGGGAGACGUGAAGAUCUCCAUUGACUUCACCUCCACGUUCUCAGAUAUUGCUGAAAAGACCACUGAUAGUGAUGUCAUCUCUACUGUCCCAGGAAGUACAGCCUCUACUACAAGACCAGCCUUGUCAACCACCUCCCCAUCUUCUGCUGAUCGCUGCCUGCACCCGCCCGCCCGUCCAUCAUCACUACUCUGGCAGGUUCUGACUUAGGUAUUUGUAGUUGUCCACAUAUUCUAUGUGUCUGGUUUGACUGUAAACUCUCCUUCCAGACUUACAUUAAGCAUCUCCAAUCCAAAAUUAAAUCUUCCCAUCUUCCCAAUCAGCUUCCCAUUUCGCCUCAAAGCAUCCUUCACUCAUGCUGCCAAACAUACCCUCGUAAAAUGGAAUAUCCUACCGAUCCUUGACUUCGGCGAUGUCAUUUUCAAAAUAGCCUCCAACACUCUACUCAGCAAAUUGGAUGCAGUCUAUCACAGUGCCAUCCGUUUUGUCACCAAAGCCCCAUAUACAAUCCGCCACUGCGAUCUGUAUGUUCUCGUUGGCUGGCCCUCACUUCAUAUUCAUUGCCAAACCCAAUGGCUCCAGGUCAUCUAUAAGUCUUUGCUAGAUAAAGCCCCGCCUUAUCUCAGCUCACUGGUCAUCAUAGCCGCACCCACCCACCCAGCAUGCGGGAAAUAAGGCAUAUUUCACUGGUCAUCCCCAAAGCAACUCCUCGUUUGUCCGCCUAUCCUUCCAGUUCUUUGCUGCCAAUGACGGGAAUGAAUUGCAAAAAUCACUGAAGCUGGAGACAUAUCUCCCUCACUAACUUUAAGCAUCAGCUGUCAGAGCAGCUUACCGGUCAUUGCACCUGUAUACAGCCCAUCUGUAAAUAGCCCACCCA